CGCGGAGUCCCGGCUUUGUCCCCUGGCUCAGAGACUGAGGGACCCGCCCGCGGGGCAACAUGGCAGCGGUGUUGAGGCGAAGCUGCGGGCUCCUGAGAAGUAUUUCUCGUUUUGACUGGAGAUCACAACAUACAAAAGCUGCCCUACAACGUGAACGAGGAUUGGGAUUUAGUUUUGAGUUAACUGAACAGCAGAAAGAAUUUCAAGCUACUGCUCGUAAAUUUGCCAGGGAGGAGAUAAUCCCGGUUGCUGCAGAAUAUGAUAAAACUGGCGAGUACCCUGUACCCCUAAUUAAAAGAGCCUGGGAACUUGGUUUAAUGAAUACACACAUUCCAGAGAGUUGUGGAGGUCUUGGACUUGGAAUUUUUGAUGCCUGUUUAAUUACUGAAGAAUUGGCUUAUGGAUGUACAGGGAUUCAGACUGCUAUUGAAGGAAAUUCUCUGGGGCAAGCGCCUGUUAUUAUUGCUGGAAAUGACCAACAACAAAAGAAGUAUUUGGGGAGGAUGACCGAGGAGCCAAUCAUGUGUGCCUACUGUGUAACAGAACCUGGAGCAGGAUCUGAUGUAGCUGGUAUAAAGACCAAAGCAGAAAAGAAAGGAGAUGAGUAUAUUAUUAAUGGUCAGAAGAUGUGGAUAACCAAUGGAGGAAAAGCUAAUUGGUACUUUUUAUUGGCUCGUACUGACCCGGAUCCUAAGGCUCCUCCGAAUAAAGCCUUUACUGGAUUUAUUGUGGAAGCAGAUACUCCAGGAGUGCAGAUUGGAAGAAAGGAGUUAAAUAUGGGCCAGCGAUGUUCAGAUACAAGAGGAAUUGUCUUUGAAGAUGUGAAAGUGCCUAAAGAAAAUGUUUUACUUGGUGAGGGAGCUGGUUUCAAAAUUGCAAUGGGAGCUUUUGAUAAAACCAGACCUCCAGUAGCAGCUGGUGCUGUGGGACUAGCACAGAGAGCUUUGGAUGAAGCUACCAAGUAUGCCCUGGAGAGGAAAACUUUUGGAAAGCUACUUGUAGAGCACCAAGGAAUAGCAUUUUUGCUGGCUGAAAUGGCAAUGAAAGUUGAACUAGCUAGACUGAGUUACCAGAGAGCAGCUUGGGAGAUUGAUUGUGGUCGCCGCAAUACCUAUUAUGCCUCUAUUGCAAAGGCAUUUGCUGGAGAUAUUGCAAAUCAGUUAGCUACUGAUGCUGUGCAGAUUUUCGGAGGCAAUGGAUUUAAUACAGAAUAUCCUGUAGAAAAACUAAUGAGGGAUGCCAAGAUCUUUCAGAUUUAUGAAGGUACAGCACAAAUUCAAAGGGUUAUUAUAGCCCGUGAACACAUUGGCAAGUAUAAAAAUUACUAAGAUUGCUAUAGAAACAUGAUUAAUUGUUGAGUAAUUAGAACAUGAUCCACUAUUUAAGCUCCACAAAAGAGAAAGGGCUCUAAGGUUUUUUUCAAGUGAAAAUUUAAAAUAAGUACUCUUACUCUAAACCUAUGCAACUGAUUCUAACAGUUUUCUACUUUUGUUUAACUUUAUGACUUGCCUUUUCUAAAAUAGUUUUGGUUUCAUUAAAAUUAA